AUGUCAAAUCAAUAUCAAGAUGAAAGUAAUACCAAAGUCAAGACUGUAUUAUUAAGGGAUAAAAAUUUGCGCCGGCUAAUCGAGCCAGAAGCCGAGAUUCGUUACCACCCUAUUACUGACUCUCUCUCACGACUCCGAGGAGAUUGUAACCACUCGACACUUCUUAAUACUCUUUACGAUUCCGUUGGAUGCAUUGAGUCAGAGCUCCCUAUUUCAGAUCUGACGACAUCCUGCCUAGAUCCUGCGCAAUCUGAUGAUAUCCUGCGCGGCCUGUGUAGACUGCUAGUAUAUGGUAGUGAAACUUCUGUGCAGACAGAUGUAGAUGAGGAAAGUAACGCACAUGAAGACGACCUAAACAGAGUCAACAUUGCACAAAGCAGUGAUAAUCUGACCACGGAGGAAGUAAAUGUGUUGCCUUCAUUCUUCAACUGGAGGAAAAAUAUCCAGCUUCAGUUACCACUAUAUCCCUCGUCAGUGGAGUGCAGCACCCUAGACUUGGCCCGCCAGAUUGUUCAGGGACAUGAUCAUCAUCAUACUUUGUGGUUGUCUGAUCUUAUAAUCCCGCUUUAUAAGCGCUGGCAGAGCGAAGAGCGAUUUCGAUUACUCCAGUUACAACAACCGGAUCCCCAAUGCCAGCUGGAUUUCGAUGAGAAAAUGUUAGCUGCGCCGAAUACAACUGUAGCCAAUAAGCGGCAUAUCGACUUGAAGGGAUCGAGCUGGAUGAGGGAAUUUCUUGGCACUAUAUCUAGGUGCCUUUUGGAACAGAUAGUUCAGCGCUCAAUAGGAGCUAGUGAUAUAAUUCAGGGGCGCUCAGGUACAGAUGAUUUGGUCGAGAUGUUCGGGCUUCUGUCGAUGGAGGCGCACUCUUACCGGACGCUCUGCGCCGGGGCGACAGCACUUUUGGGAUAUCAGUGGGUUGAACUCGCCCAGGAUGUGAAGAGGUGUUUUGAUGGCACCGCAAGAUGGACAACCACGUCUAUUGGUGUGAUGUCAUCGGCAAGUGACACCGCUGACAUUGAAGCUAUGGGUUCUAUUGAUUCCAUAGGAUCGCUGUGGCAGCGCGCUGCAGUGCAAGGUUUUGCUCAACAUCACGCACUUCAGCUUUGGAGGCGUUGGGUACGGUAUUUCGCAAAAUAUGUUUACACUUUACGCGGAACAGAUGCCGACCAAGAGGGAGAGGCUGAGGCUAACCAGCUCCCCACUUCUUUGAUAGGGUCUGAUUUUAUGCAGGCGCAAAAAAAGAGCGAUACUUCUUCUUCUUCUUUGGUUUUAACUGAAUCCCAAUGGCUGUUCUUGCUCUGCCUUGUGUUACAUACUGGGGACUUCGCCCAGAGAAUGGGAAGAAUUACGAAGAAACGAGGGAUAGAUUCGCGAGAUAAUAUUACUGGAAGACCUGCGGAUCUGUCAGACGCCAUGAUGUGGGCGAUGCAGUGUUUUUCGAGGACGCUUCUACGAACCUUUCAGGACAUGGCAAGCAUACAGAUUGAUCUUUACGUCCAAGAAAACUUAUCGUUAAUUGAUUCGUCAUCAUUUUUUUCUCCCUCUCACAACCGAUUAAUUAUUCGAGAUUUCUUUUGGUGCGCCAUUCAGAAGACAGAGUUGCAAGCAGCGGGACAUUUACAACGUGUCCCUUCCCGAUUACACAUCUGGCCCUCAUUGCUUUUGGUUUACGCCCAGCUCACCGCGAUACAGGUGCCAAACGAAGAGACUGUUAUAGCGAGCCUUGGCACAGCUGGAAACUCUGGAAUUAGCGCCCAUGAUGACGGUCACCAUAUGCUCGAGGAUGUACUGCACUACCUAAAAGAGGUCUACCGCCGCUUCUCAGAACGUGCAUUGCACGAGUCGAUGAAUUAUUUUGAAAAAAUCACGAAAGAUCCUUCUAAAAACGAAAAUCAAGCGAAAACAGCAUGCAUUAGGAUAGGGGGAAAGAGACCGCGUAGUCGAAGCCCUGCUUGGGAAAGAUAUACUCAAUGGACAGUUCCCCUGACCGAGUAUACCCCUGAUACAAAGCUGAACCGCUACCUUAGUCGUGUCUUCUACUCAGUGUAUCAUUCGAGUUGUUAUCCGUUACUUCUGCUUGAGCGGCAGAAGCACCUUACCUCUCUUUUGUUUGAGCUUUAUUCUUUGCUUGUUGUGGAUUCCCAUCAUAACCAUUUUUCCUCACAGUGUGGGCAGCUGCCGACAAGCUCCCAUUUUUUUGCCGUUGACUCAUCGAAGUGGCAGACUUCUGAUGACGACGAGGAAACUUCCGGGCGAGAAGCUACAGAGUUAGAAGUAGCUCUCGGUGCUGCCCCUCAAGAUGAAACUAUCCUUCUCGAACAGCUCAAAGCAUGUCCAAGGUCUGUUGCAUGCCGUUUGCUUGCAUGUGACGCUCGGUUCACUUUGAUGCUUUCUCACGCAGUUCUGGUACUUCUGGAGCGCCGUGGCAGAGUUGCUGAGGAAGUUGAAUCAGUGCUGACCGGGGCGCUUAUUCCCACACUUGUCACCUUGAGUGCUGAUUCAAAAAUCGAAGCAAUCCCUACCUAUUCUAAACUUUGCUUGACAGAGGUCUAUAGCAUGAAUAGCUUGGGCGAUUCCACUGGUGGCUGGAGCAGGCCUGCACAGGCUACCUUUUGCCUUUACGCUCUUAUCCAUUCUGAGCUCCUCAUGGCACUGCCGUGGAGUGUAGAAGGCGUUUACCUUACCCUGGCGCGGUAUCGCGACCUGACUCGUUAUCUCUUGGAACGUUACUUAAGCCAUCCCAAAGCUUGCAUAGUGCAACUUGAGGAGUGGGUUAGAGAAGGAGGCGGUGCGGCUGUGCGACAGUCAGCUACCUCGAUCGGUGACCUUUGCGAUAGCCUCGACAAUGUAGUUGCGCUGCAUGAUCCAGUGCUUCAACAGCUUAAAAACAGGGCCUUUGCUGUGGCUCAACAGCGGCAGCAUGAGAAAGGUGUCACAACUUCAUCCAUUGUGGACGAGUGCAUGCGACGCGUGACACCACUGUUUAUGCCACCACCCUGCGGAACGCUUCUUGUGCUUGCCUUCUCAAGAAGGCUGAUGCAACAAAUCUACUCCUUGCGAAACGCUUAUGAAAUGCAACGACGCCUUGUAGAGGGAGAUGAUGCACUGGAGUACCUCGGUCGCCGCUGUAUUUUCUGCACUGCAGAGGAUAUUGAGGUAUUUAAGGUAGUUGUGCGCACAGCCCAUCGCAUGAUCUUUGCGACGCGUCUACAACCCAUGGGGCUACUUCAGCUUUGGAUCGGCAUGUUGACGCAUCUCUUCACUUAUGUCGUGCCGAUGGCGGAAAGUGAUGAAGGAAUGGAGCUGAUGCCACGGAGCUGGCAGCUGCGCGAAACAGUGCUCAACUGCUUUGCUGAGGAGGUUCCUCGAACGGGAUGGCGGGCGCUACGACCUUCAUCGCGUGGGGUCAUGUCUUCUCAGACAGCCCUACGUGUCGCGCUGGGCGAACUUCUUGCCGAUCUUUUUUUGAUGCCUGUGUCUGAUGCAACUUCCAGCCUCGACUACUUGCACGCCUUCCCAGCGCCGUUGUAUUCUCCUGGGCGGAGAAAAGAAGAACUAAGAUCCCAAAUGGAAGUGCAGUGCAUUCUUCCACACGAUGUCCUGGAGGUGUUGUGUCUGUUUCUUAAAGUUAAUACAGAUGUCAGUGAUGGGGAACUUACACGACUGUCCACUACGGUAGCGAUGGAGGCCGCGGGAGGCUACACCGCUACUCCCCCGGGAGCGCCUGUAUUUGAUGAAUCUUCCUUCAUGAGCGCUGGGAUAAAAAGACUAGAGGAGAACAACUUUUUGGGUCUAGCCGGUCUGGUUGCGUUUUGCAGGCAAAUCGAGAGGGUGGUAGUGGCCGGUACUUUGAAGGAUACUCGUCUGGUACAUCUGUUGCGGUGCAUAUGGGCAAUGGCGGACCUUAGCGCUCUCGAGUGGUAA